AUGACCUUCGGUCUUCAGCGCCACAAAGCAAAAUGGCAUUCGCCGCUUUUCUAUAUUAAAGAGCAAUUUGAUGAACUUCACAAAGAACGUGGAAAGUCUCUUGUUGAGAUUCUAAGUCGAGAUUCGUCCACAUCCUCAACAAGGGAUGAAGCCCAAAUUCGCCUAUCGGUUAUAGAGCAGGCGCUCCAAUGUCUGCAGGACAUUCAUGAGGCCUACGCCUCCCCAGUAAAUUCUGAGAGCCUCAUUUUGCAGGCUCCAGAAGAUGCUCGCGAGGAUGCUAGGAGACGCCGAGCCCUGAAUACACUUUUGGAUCUAAUUUCCAUAGAGGGCGUCUACCCUUCCCUGUCUACUGGUGUUGGAAUACCAUUAGAGAAAAGGGUACUCACAACCCUACCUGCUGGUGUUAUUACAAAACAAGUGCCGGAAGCUGCAGAACACAAUCUACAAAAUGAAGCUAUUUUACGGCGAAUUUUAUCAACACUCAUCAGCAUUGUGUUGGAUGAUCGCGAGGGGAUACAAAUGAUCGUUCAAGGGCGUAUCUUGAGCGAUAUCAUUAGUGGCACCGCAGAAUUAGCUUUCAACGCUCGUGUUGCGUCUGAAGAAGAGAAGAAAGACUUUCAAGAAAAAUUCGAAAGAAUAAUUGCCCAAUCGCCUACAUCGGCUAUACUGCCAACAUUAUCAAGCUUCCUGCGACCGGAAGCUGCGUCGUGGUUUAAAUCGGUUAUAUCAGCUCGCAUAUCGCAGAUUCCUCUACGAGAAGAUGGAGUCAUACACACGAUAUGGUUUCUUGCUUCCCAAUUCGCCCCUGCUCUAGGAGAAGGUGUUUCAGAACAGUCGUCCGAAGGACCGCCGAUCACCGUUCAAGCAAUCAUGCAAAUCUCAAAACUACUUUCAGCUGUCCCACAAGGCAUGGAAGCAACAGCUUACUUCCAGAAUAUCGCGCCAAAACUCCUAACCUUGGUCGAUUGUGAAGACGCCGAUCUGAAGCGCACUGCGGCGUACGUGAUUGGAAGUGGAAUUCUUGGUAAGAGGGCAUACGGUGCGCCUGGUACCAUAGGUCAUUCGAUUUUUAUUGAGCCUUUGUUCAAGGCUAUAAUAGCUACUAUCGACGAUGGUGCCAGGAAAUGGCUUAGAUCAUUCAGUCCCACGGCCCAGGACACGGCAAACGCAAGUUUUAAGCAUCCAUCACCAGGUGUACUAGUUGAGGACGUAACACUGCUUCUAGCCCUGGAAAGACUAUGCACAAUUACCCUACAACAUCCAAAUCCUGGACUUGUGAAAAGACUAGUUCAGCCCAUACUGCUUCCUCUCUGGGGCUUAGCAUGCCAUGCUCAAGCCCAGGACAAUACGACCUGGUAUGAAAAGGCUUGGGCACUGUUGCAAACUUAUUUCAGUCUAUCGCCUGGCUUUGGGCCUUUUCAAAAGCUGGUUGACAAUCUUCUCUGGGACGGAGGUAUAAAUUGGACAUUUAAGAAUCACCAAGACCACGGUGUCUCGCUCAUCGCACGGUCUGAAUCGGACUUUAAUCUGAUUCAGUUGAUGGAUAAAUUGGAUAUUCGCACACAAAACUUUAUAAAACUACUAAGCAGUGAUCCCCAGAGUGAAGAUCGAACAGGAGACAUAUUCCUGUAUGUUAGCCAGAAAUGGCUGCUCGAGCCCUCGGAACAACCCCUCACCCUUUCACUAUCAGAAUCAAACACUCAAACAAGCACUAUAAUCGCAAAGCUUGUUAGCACCAAAAUAGCCGAACGGCUUCUUGACGAGUUCAGAGACACUCUAUCGAGGAAUCCGCUACGAGUCCUAGAGCUUGCACAGCAGUUAAUACAAAGUGAAUUGGUGGCCAUGGAUGAGACGGAACGGAGCCGCAUCAGACGCCAAAGUGGAAAAGCAUCGUUGGAGUCACUAUCCCACAUAGCAAGACCAGAUUCAAAUGAACCAGGGUUAGAAGAUGAUCAAAAGAACUCCAUAGAGGUCCUUUCCGCUACCUUUAGCUUGCUAUCGACCAUCUUGGCUUCUCCGGAAUUUUCAAUGUCACCAACAAUUCUCCCAACUCUCGAAAACAUCAAGACACAGCUUGAGCGCUUAUUACCUGGUCUUCCUGCGUCUCUCCAUCAAGGUGGUCAUACAGUCGCUAUGCUUUUGGAAAUUCAGAUCGCUUCCCCUCAGGAAACUGCAGAGUCCAAGUCGUCGAUAUCCUCACAUCUCACAGAUUUUGAAAGGCACCGCCAGGCUUUGCAGAGUAUCUCGUCAUCUGUACCUCCUGUACAGGCCGAAGGACUCUCACUAUUAUCGAAACUAAUCACUAAAUCUUCCCCCAUCCUCGAUAUACCAUCCACUCUAACUCUCCUACUCUCGCUCAUUACAGAACAAGACCAGGAGGCUUCUGCCAACGAGAGUUUUGUUUACUUGAACGCCAUCAAGCUCGUGGGAAUGCUUGCAUCAGGCCAUCCUCGCACAGUCGUGAAAACUCUCGUGGAACGAUAUGCUGAUAGGAAUGAAGAGAGAACACUCGAUCAACGACUACGGGUCGGCGAAUCGUUGCUCAGCACAGUGGAAGAUCUUGGCGAAGCUUUAACAGGCGAGACUGCACAAAUCAUUGGAGAUGGGAUGAUUGGCGUCGCAGGCCGGCGUGGACACAAACCCCAAACACAUCAAGCUCGAAAGAAGCAGAUGGAAGAGGCCAAAAAGGCAAAGGAGCGCAAGGCACAAGAAAAUUCCAUCAAGUUGCCGGCCGGAUGGAGCGUCACUUCUCCUGCUUUGUCCAAUCCAGAGCCUGAGCCUGAGCCUGAGCCUGAGCCAUUUUAUGAAGAUGAUGAUUCGGAUGCUGAAACGCCAGAGCAAGCAGCCUUAUCAGCCAACAUCCUGGCUGCCUGGGCUGCUGGCUCUCCAUCAGACACGGAACCAGAGGACAUUCGUGUACGAGCAUCGGCAAUGUCCAUUCUCGCAAGCGCCAUUCAGACAAACCUAGCCGGCCUAGGUCUCUCGCUUGCAUCUUCCGCCGUUGAUCUUGCUUUGUCUACCUUGACACUAGAGCCUGGCCCUGAAAGCGCAAUCCUCCGUCGCGCUAGUGCGAUUGUCUUGCUUGAUAUUGUAAAAGUCAUGGACUCGGAGCGCGAAAGUGGUUCGAAGCGAAUAGGCUUCGGGUUCUCACUGACAUCAGAAGGCUCCGAAAGCAUUGGUGAUCAAUCUCGCCGUCCGGCGAGUAUCGGCAGCAUUCCGAAAAUCUUACAGUCGUUGUCUUUUGUCGAAAGCCGCGAGACCGAUAGUAUUGUUCGUGGUCACGUUCGCACUCUGGUUGAGAAUCUGGAGACAUGGAUGGAAAAGUCUCUGCUAUGGGGCAUCAGGGCGCAGUCGGUGUUUGAUGGCUCGUCGUCUGACGAACCUAGGCUUGAAUUGGGAGAUCGCAUUGCGGGCUUGUAUCUGGAUCCUCUGGCUGGGCGGGAUUCUCAGAACAGACCACGAAUUGAGGAGAUUGAAUAG